UUUAACACAAGAAUCAUCAAGAUUGGAUCAUCCAGAGGGUCCCUCAUCUGCAUUGCUCUUGAACGACCAACAAAGUCCGCCAAACGCAGAAAUUGCCGAGAUGCUCGCCCAAGAAGCCGCCGCCUCUUACUUCAACAAUAAGCGGCCCGUGUGCCCUUCGCCGCUGCUGCAGCCUGGCACGCCGCUUCUGGAAAGUAAAAAGCGCAGAAAGCAAGCUACGCCAAUCCGCGUAUCUAAUUUGUUUGAAUUUGAAAACAAGGAAUAUGUUGACCAAAAAAGCAACGGGGAAGAACCCGAGCAAGGUGAAAAUGUGGAACCGAAAGAUAUACAGAUGGCCGAUCAAGAGCGCGGAUUAAUGCCUCACGAACGAGAAGAUUGGUUACCUAUGCUGCCAUUUAAUAUAUUUCCUGACGGCGGGCAUCUUUUGCAAAAAUCACAAUUCUUAUCCAAAAACGGGUUUCUGCCAUUUCUUCCUGGUUUACCUUCAUCUCCGCCAAUAAGAAUAUUUAAUCCUGAGGCUUAUUGUAAUUUAUGCCAUAAGGAGUUUUGCAAUAAGUAUUUCCUGAAAACGCACAAAGCCAAUAAACAUGGCAUUUAUGAAAAUAAUACAGAUGCACAAGCCUUUGGCGCAUCUAUGAGACCAAUUAAACCAGAAUCAUUACUGGAUCCUAAUUAUUUUACGACAAAAUGUUCUGUGCCAAGUGAAGAUAGCACGGUUCCAUCACCGACAGGCGAAGGAAAUGCAGAAUUGGCAUGUAGUAUAUGCCCAAAAAAGUUUUCAAAAGCUCUUGCACUGCGUCGCCACACUAUAGAAGAACAUGGACAAACAUCUCCUCCACUAGAAGCGCAACCUCUUCCACCACCCCAGGCAACGCCAGUUACAUCCAUUCCAUCUGUCAUUAUUAAUUCGGAUACUACAAAUCAGUCACAGACGACGUUUCCGCGAAAACUGUCUCCAGAGUCGUGUCGAAUGGCGCGUAGUGCAGGAUUUGCACCAGAUUAUUUAAAGAAAUUGGGCAUUUUAGACCCAGAAGCUUUUUGUGAAAUUUGUUGCAAAGAAUAUUGUAAUAAAUAUUUUUUAAGAACUCACAAAUUAAAACGUCAUGGUAUCUUACUUACUGAUGACACGCCCGGUGGACCGAUUAAAGAAGAAAAUCAGCAGAACGAUUUGCAAUCGCAAACGAGUCCUUUAAACCUGAUUAUGGAUGCAAAAUCUAAACAUGGAUCUUUAACCACAAAUGAAAAUGAUACAUUUAUGGAGAGUGAUCCCGCUUCAAAUGAAAGCGAUUCACCUGUCUCAUCGAAUUCCCAAGAUUUAUGUAAAAAUUUACAGAAAAUUCAAACUAUGAUUUUACAGUUAAAUAAUUUGCAAAAUAAAGAUCCAAAUGCAAUGAUUGGCUAUGGCAAAAUAAAAGAUGAAACUAAUGGUUUGUCAUCACAUGCGCGAGAAGACAAUUGUGGUAAUAUGGAUGACAAUACAGUAAUAAAGGAGGAAGCUAUGAAUUAUCACGAUUUCAAGAGAGCUGACAUGUUUAUGCAGGGAUGCGAACCCAAUCAGAGAACUCCAGAUAAACAACCACUUAAUGCUUCACAAUCCAUUGGCACACCUAAUUUAUCACAGAAAAACUUUAAUAUUAUGAAUAGUUUCUGCGAAAUAUGCAACAAACAGUUAUGCAAUAAAUAUUUCAUGAAAACGCAUAUGGAGAAAAUGCAUGGAAUUCAAAUUAACAAUGAGUUUAAAAUCGGCGGUGUUAUUUGCGAUAUUUGCCAAAAAGAAUUAUGUAGUAAGUAUUUUUUAAAAGUGCAUAAACAGAACACGCAUGGUAUAUUUGAGGACGGCAUGAGCGCGACGAACUUAAACCAGAGCGCUUCUUUAUUUCCGGGAAACUUGGGAUUUCCCACACAAUUUACACCACCGGAACAGAUGUCACAAUAUGCAUCAAUGCCAGAAGCUUCUGAGUCCGCAAAAGAGGCGGAACGUUCGCCGGAUAAAGAGCGUAGAAUGUCUGAUAGCUUACCAAAAAAUGAACAAGAUACAGACAUGUGUCCCUUAUGCGGUAGACGUUUCCGGGGAAGCAAGUGGUUGCGUUCGCAUCUGCUCAACGACCAUGGCACGGAAACGCGCGAGCCGGAUUCGUUUCAAGCGAGCGUUGCGACAAAUAUCUUCGAUGGCGGACCAAGCAAAACGUAUCGUUGCAAUUUCUGCGAUUUCAGUUCACCCAUUCUCGCACUGCUUUUUGUUCACGAGCGAUCGCACAUUUCGAACCAGACGCCAGUGCCGGUAAACUCAAAUGCAAACGCAAACGCAAAUGCGAACACAAACGCGAACGCGAACGCAAACGCAAAUACGAAUGCAAACGCGAACGCGAAUGCGGCCAAUGCGGCCAAUGCGGCCGAUCAAGGUAAUGCGGACGUGAAGCGAUUCCUGCGCGACGUUGCCCGGAGACACAACCUGGUCUCGUCGUACGCCCUUCCCGAGCCGCGCGGACCUGAUGCGCGGUACGAGAUGCAGCCGUUCGUGCUGGAGCAGUUUCCUGUCGAGAACGAAGAUCCUGAGCACGGCAUCUUGCCGGCUGUCAUCUAUUUGCCGGUAGCAGAAAAGAUCAACAACAAACUGAGCGUCACCUUCAGCCUGACGCCAAUCUAGACGUCGGCGCAGUAGGUCGACGAUCGCCAUCUUUCCGACAUUUGCAUCGGCUCACUUCCUGCAUAGAGGGAAGUCAGUACAACAACAAAACCAAACAUUCCACAAACCGGCCGUUUCCCUUAAUAAGUCCUUCCGCA